AUGGCGACAGCCGCGGUCGGAGGCGGAGGCCCCGGCGGGGGCGGUGGAGGCGUAGGGGGCGGUGGAGGCGUCGGCCUCGCCUCUCACCCGCUGUACUACUACAGCACGCACAACGCACUGCGCGCCGCAGAAGGCGCGGAAAACUUCUUUCCUGUCACGUUUGUGGAGCUCCACGGCAAGCGCACGUGCAAAAUCAACGUCUACCCCUUCUGCGACGUUCAAAUGGUGAAGCGCAUCCUCCUAAAGAAAAUGAACCUCUCCAGCUGCAUGAAGGUGCGCGACAUUCGACUGCUGUACAAGGGCAGCGAGUUGCCCAACUGGCGCCUGAUGAACAUUUUCACGGAUGCGCCGCUGAAGAAGCUCCACUGGAGCAUCCGGAGCGACCACAUGCGCGCCUCAAUUCGGCCGCUCGUGAGCCAACAGAAGCUUCACAGGAGUCUCAUUCAGGUCAUCGAAGAGGUGAAACUCGGAUUCCGGAGAAACGUCGCGCCCAAGCUGACGAUGGACGGAACUGGCGGGACGUAUAUCCUUUUCGACGCGCGGAGACGCCCCGUCGGCAUCUUCAAGCCAGAGGACGAAGAGGCCUUCGCGCCGUGCAACCCGAGGGGCUACGAAGGCCGCAUCGGGCAGGCAGGGUUCCGCGGAGGCGUGCUGAGUGGAGAGGGCGCAGGGCGAGAGUAUGCGGCGCACAUUCUCGACGCACUGUAUCACUCGCCUGCGGGCAUUCCGCCGACAACCAUGGUCGAGGCGUGCCACCCCGCAUUCUGCUACAAGUCUCCAGUGCAGCUGGGCACGACUGGAGAUCACCUGAUGAUGAACAGCUACAUGGCCGCGUCGCCGGAGAACCCGACGGCCGCGACAGCGACUGAGGCUCCGCACCUCAAGUGGAAGGCGGGCAGUCUGCAGCAGUUUGCGCAGGCAAAGGAGAGCUGCGGCGACUACAACCCGUUGCUGUUCAGUGUGAGCGAUGUGCAUCGUAUCGCGAUUUUCGACAUUCGCGUGAUGAACUUGGACCGAAACGACGGCAACAUUCUCGUCGCCCCGCUGCACACCUUUCAGGAUAUCACCGCGGCGCUCAACCGCGCAGAGGCUACGGCUAGCCAGGAGGGCUCCGGACGCCUCGCCCAGCAUCAACAGAAAAUGAUUGCGCGGCAGCUGGCCACGAAGCUUGUGCGAUCUGUCUCCAGCAUUGGAUGUAUGGGCAGGUCGACUGGCAGCGACAGAGCGGCAGCUCAGGCGGCAGCGGAGGCUGCCCAGGCGGCGCAGUCUCUCGUGACGCCCGACGGCCAGCAGACCAAGUUUCGCCUCGUUCCCAUUGAUCACGGUUUGAUUCUACCGGAUGUCAUCGACGUGGCGACAGUGGAUCUCGUCUGGUUCGAGUGGCCGCACUGCAAGAUGCCGUUCUCGGAGCAUGAUCUCGAGCUGAUUUACUCCUUCAACGCGGAGCGCGACGCCGAGCGGCUGCGUCGCAGGCUACUCAUGAGGGAUGACUGCUUGAGGACGCUGCGGCUCUCGACGCGUUUUCUGCAGCAGUGCGUGCGGCAUCACCUGAAUUUACACCAGAUCGCGACGAUCGCCGCGCGCGCCGACGUCGACCAGCCCUCGGCUCUGGAGCUCCUCGUUCGCACGAGUCUGCAGCGCGCGUACCUGACGAUGGACUGCGCGUCGCUGGUGUCAACGAAUCGCCUGGGCUUCGGCAUGCUGGAUCUGGCGGAGUUGCGGUUGCUCGAUGAGAAUAUCCUGGCCGCGCUUCAGCGGGAGGGGAAGGCCUCGCCAAACUCUUCGCGGCAGUUCUCCUUCUCCGCCGCGCGGUUUUCUUCGCGGGACAGCGCCCUCGGCGCCGAGGGUCCAGCCGCGCACCCGCCGCUGCUCGUGGCGCGCGGCUGCUGCGCGUGCUGCUGCCGCCACCGCCCGCCCUCCGCGGCCGCGGCCGCCGGCGCGCCGCCGCAGCAGGCGGCCGCGAGCGCCUCCUCGUCUGCGUCGCUCGAGGGCUGUACGCAGCGGCUGCCCGUCUCGGCUUCGGAGCCGGUGCUCAGCUACAGGGGCGAGAGGGGGUACGAGGAGGGGAGGUUGACGGGCGCGGGCCCUGGAGCCCGCACCCAGACCGUGACGCUGCGAAGCGACUGUACCGACUGCCGCAGCAGCGCGAGCGACGCAGAGAACAGCGCCGCGUGGGCGAACUGGGCGCGAGGCGACUCGGGGCGCGAGCCGGGGCGGUCGACGCGCGGCGAGAGCUCAGACUGCUCUUGGCCGCGGCUGUCAAGCAUCGCGGAAGGAAUCGUCGCGCCGUCGACGUCUGCGACCCUCGAGGGCCGGCGGCGCGGCGAGGCCGCCUUCGAUUCGAACCCAGUGCUGCGCUCUUCGUGCACCACGAGCUUCUCUUCCCUCCGGGGGACCUGCCGCUCAAGCAGCAGCAGCUACGGCGGCUACGAGCCGAGCGCGACGUGCGACUGCUCCCUCGACGACCAAGUCGCGCGCGACGCGUGGCGCACGACGGUGAAGCGGCCAGACACCGCGGCGCGCACGUCUGGAAGCGAGAGCGAAGGGCAUGGAGGGAGAGAGAGAGAGGGCGAAGGAGAGGCGGCGUUGACGCCGCCUCGGCGAGCGCAGCGGCGGGAGGCGCGACCCGCGGCGAGCGCGGCGGUGCCGCAGGCGGGCGCGACGUUGAGUCAAGGGGAGAGCGACGACGUGUCGUCGUGCUUCAGCGAGAGCGAGGAGGACCGGCGCGGCGGCCGCGCGCACCGCGCGCAGAGGAGGAACGGCGCGCCACGCGCGGACUCCUUCUCCAGCGAGGACGACAGCGAGACCAGCAGCGGCUCGACGCCGAGUCGCGUGGGCGGCGCGAGCGAAGCGACUCUCUCGAGCAGCGACGACCUGGACACGGCGGAGGACUCCUCGGGGAGCGGCUACGAGAGCGGCGCGGAGACAGACAGCGCAGGCAAGCGCCGCGACGAGGGCGAAGGCACGCUGAGUGCGCCGGCGCACCACCAGGCGCUGCGCUCGCUGCCGUCUGCGGCUUUCUUCGAGUAUCCGCCGAGCAUGAUUGAAGCCGCCGCCUGCGCGCGCGAAGAGCGACGGCGAAGGAAACGCCGCUUCAAGCGGACAGCAGAGCGCGGCGAGGAGAGGGCGAAAGACUCGCACCGGAGAAGAAAGCGCAAAGACGGGCACCGCGAAGUAGGCGCAGGCUCCAAGAAUAAAAAGGACGCAACCGGAAAUGCAGACACACCCAAGGCAGAAGAAAACGUCUUCGAUGCCGUGCGCGGCACGCAACGUGGAACCGUCCGAAGGCUCAACGGCACUGCAGCCGGUUCGGCUUAUAGACGGAGAAAGCAGCAACCACACGGAGUCGGGAGCACGUGGCUGCUGUACGACGCGGACGGACGCUCCAUUCCUCUCGAUUGGGCGGAGCCGCGUUUUGACAGGUUGUUUUUCGAGUGCUUCGAGGAGCUCCUUCGGAAGUACAUUCUGCAGCAGCACCCCGCGUGGGCGUCGUAUCCGUACAAAGGCUCGCGCUUGGAAGUUCAGAUGAAGCGCGAGCGGAAGAGCAUCGACAACCAGACGCGGCAGCAGAUCGAGGCGGCAUUGGCCGCGGUGAACAGCCAGGGCGCGGGCCUUGUGCCUGAUGCUGCGGGCGAGACGGCGACGGGCUGCUGCUGCGAACACGGCUACCAUCACUGCGACGCGGGCGGGCAGGCCCCCAAGCCGCCCCCAGAGGAGCGCGAGUAG